CUCGACUUGAGUCUUUGAAACAGUUUCCCUUUCUUUUCCUUUCCUUUCCUUUUGUUGUUAGUAGCCAACAACAACAACAAACAAACAUACACAGUGCCAAUGUUUAUCCCGAGCUUCAACGCACGGCGGUCGACACCAGUCCUGCUAUUCCUAUUCUCCGUGGCGCUUAUAUUAAUAUUAUUAUCCUUUUAUUAUUUCGCUGUCCCGACCGGGUUACUCGAAGUCUGGAAUGACUACCAGGAACCACAACGCCAUUUCAACACGGAUGACCCAGUUAGCGCAUGCUUUGUCAUUUUGGUCCGGAAUAGUGAGCUGGACGGAAUCAAGUCAUCGAUCGAUCAAAUGGAAAAGACAUUCAACCACAAGUACAAUUACCCAUACGUGUUCUUGAAUGACGACGACUUUUCGGCCGAGUUUAUCGAAAAUACCAAAAGCUUGGGCACAGCUGAAAAGUUCUAUGGAAAGCUCGACGAGCAAAUGUGGGGAUACCCAAAGUUCAUCAAUCAAAGCUUUGCAGCUGAGCGACGAAAGGAGAUGGUGGAAACACAGGUUCCGUAUGCAGAUUCUGAGAGUUACAGACACAUGUGCAGAUUUCAAAGCGGAUUCUUCUUUCGACAUCCACUCUUGGACAAGUACGACUAUUAUUGGCGCAUCGAGCCAAACGUUGAUUUUUUAUGUGAUAUCGACUAUGAUGUAUUUAAAUUCAUGCGGAAUAAUGGCAAGAAGUAUGCAUUUACCCUUACAUUUGUGGAAUUCAUGAAAACGAUCCCGAGCCUCUGGGACACUGUACUGAACUUUCGACGUGAACAUCCUGAGAUUGUAAGCCAGUUCCCACCCAAGGAAAAGAGCUUGUGGAAGUUUAUUACGGAUGAUGAUGGCGAGUCAUACAAUUCAUGCCAUUUCUGGACUAAUUUUGAGAUCGCCUCAUUGGAUCUAUGGAGAUCCAGCGAGUACUUGAAAUUUUUUAACUAUCUGGAUGAAUCAGGAGGGUUCUUUUAUGAAAGAUGGGGCGAUGCUCCAGUCCACUCAAUAGCAGCAGCCAUGUUGCUACGAAAAGACGAAUUCCAUUUCUUCCAUGACAUGGGCUACCGUCAUACAGACGUAUUACAUUGUCCUGCCGAUGAGCAAGUACUCCAAAAGUGCUCAUGCAACCAUGACUCUUUUGUUUGGGAUGACUACGAAAAAGGCAGUUGUCUCAAGCAAUACAAUCGUGCAUUAUUGGAUUAGUAGCUGCGGUUUUUCUUGCCAAUUCUCUUUAAAACAGCAUCAUUAUUUUAUUUAUAUGUACACACGUACAUCAACGCAUUUUGUAUCAUCAUCUCCUAUAAAAAUUGUACUAUUUCACCUCACAUCUUAGGCUGAUGUAAUCCUGGUAGUACAAAGCAUGUCCUUCUUCACCGAACGUAGUGGCGUUAGAAUGCAUACAUUUAAAAAUUGCUUUUAUUAAACGUAUAUUAUUAGAUCGCUCCUGG